GCGUUCUGCGGAUCCAACGAAGCCGGCGCCGGUUCGAUUUGUGAGGAGAGAGUGGCGCGCGGGUGUUCGUGUGUGGUCCCUUCCUGUUUUGCGUCACGGCUCGAGGCUUCCCCUCGUUCACGCACGCGCGCCUCUUCCUCUUCUGCCUCCGCCUGCUCUCCUCAGCCCUCCCACCCGCAGCCAGGAUAUUUAAAAUACAACUUUGUGUAUCUUGGAAGAGGAAUAUUCCUGAAAAAUGUCUCGGAUAGAUAAAAUGAGCAUCCUUGGGGUGCGGAGCUUUGGUAUUGAGGACAAAGACAAGCAAGUGAUCAGUUUCUUUAAUCCUUUAACCAUCUUGGUGGGUCCAAAUGGUGCUGGAAAAACGACAAUCAUAGAAUGCCUCAAGUAUGUUUGCACUGGGGACUUCCCUCCUGGCACCAAAGGAAAUUCAUUUGUCCAUGACCCAAAAGUUGCCCAUGAAACAGAUGUCAGAGCUCAGAUUCGGCUUCAGUUUCGUGAUGUUAAUGGGGAGCUUCUAGCUGUCCAACGAUCCAUGGUAUGCACUCAGAAAGGAAAGAAAACAGAAUUUAAAACUCUUGAAGGAGUCAUCACCAGAACAAAACAUGGAGAAAAGGUCAGUCUGAGCUCCAAAUGUGCAGAAAUCGACCGAGAGAUGAUCAGUGCCCUUGGUGUUUCCAAGUCUGUGCUUAACAAUGUCAUCUUCUGCCACCAAGAAGAAUCCAAUUGGCCUCUAAGUGAAGGAAAGGCUCUGAAACAAAAAUUUGAUGAGAUCUUCUCAGCAACAAGGUACAUUAAGGCUUUGGAAACACUUCGUCAGGUACGUCUGAAGCAAGCCCAGCGGGUUAAAGAGUGUCAGGUAGAGCUGAGGUACUUGAAACAGAACAAAGAAAAAGCCCAUGAAAUUCAGAACCAGUUGAGUAACAGAGAAGCUCAGUUGGCUGCCUCCAAGGAAAAUGUCAGGUCUAUUGAGAACCAGCUUGAACCUCUAAAGAAUCGUCUGACAGAAAUAGAACUGAAUCUUGUGAAAGUAAUGAAACUUGACAAUGACAUUAAAGCUCUGGAAAGUCGGAAAAAGCAGAUGGAAAAGGAUAAUCAAGAUUUGCAACAAAAGAUGGAAAAGGUUUUUCAAGGAACUGACGAACAACUUAGAGAAAUGUAUCAAAACCACCAGAAAACUGUGAGAGAAAAAGAAAGGAGAUUAACAGAUUGUCAGAGGGAGCUGGAGAGGGCAAACAAAGAAUGCCAAAGAUUCAAUAGAGAAAAAUCAGAACUAUUGGUUGAACAAGGUCGCCUUCAAGUGCAAGCAGAUCGCCACCAGCAGCAUAUUAGUACAAGAGAUUCCUUAAUUCAGUCUUUGGCAGCUCAGUUAGAACUGGAAGGCUUUAAAAGAGCACCUUUUAAUGAAAGGCAAAUCAACAGUUUUCACAAGCUUGUGAAGGAAAGACAGGACAAAGACAAGGAAGCGGCUGAUCAGUUGACGAGAGAAUUUGAGGAGAAGGAGGCAACAAAGCAGAAGCAAAUCGAUGAAAUAAGGGAUAAAAAAACUGGACUUGAAAGAACUAUUGAGCUGAAGUCAGACAUUCAGAGUAAAAAAAGACUUGAAGUAAAGAACCUGAAACAAGAAUUACAACAACUAGAAGGGUCUUCGGAUAGACUUCUAGAGAUAGAUCAAGAACUUGCCAAGGCGAAUCAUGAACUAGAUGAUGCUGAAAAGAACUGUAAGGUUGACAUCUUGGAAAAAGAAAUAAAGGAGCUUCAAAAAGAGAAGUCAGAUUUAGAUGGCAUUCUACGAAAACUGGAUAAAGAGAUGGAACAGUUGAACUUAAAUACAACAAUUAUAACCCAAAUGGACAUGCUGAAGAAAGAUAAAGCUGACAAAGAAGAGCAAAUCAGAAAAAUAAAGUCCAGACACAAUGAAGAGUUAAUCUCCUUACUUGGCUAUUUCCCAAAUAAACGACAGCUUGAAGAUUGGCUUCACUCUAAAAUGAAAGAAAUUAAUCAGACAAGAGACAGACUUGCCAAACUCAACAAAGAACUUGUUUCAGUGGAGCAAAACAAAAAUCAUAUUAGCACCGAAUUAAGGAAGAAAGAAGAGCAGCUGUCCAGUUAUGAAGAACAGCUUUUUGAUGUCUGUGGAAGCCAGGAUUUUGAAAGUGAUCUUUACAGACUUCAAGAAGAAAUUGAAAAAACAUCCAAGCAGCGAGCCAUGCUUGCUGGGGCCACGGCAGUAUAUUCGCAGUUCAUCACACAAUUAACAGAUGAAAACCAGUCUUGUUGCCCAGUUUGCCAGAGGGUCUUUGGGACAGAGUCAGAACUGCAGGAAGUGAUAGAUGAUCUUCAGAAGAAACUGCGCCUUGCUCCGGACAAACUGAAGACAACCGAGUCAGAGCUUAAGAGGAGAGAGAAGAGACGAGAUGAAAUGAUGUCGCUCAAACCUGUCAGGCAAACCAUAUCGGAACUCCAAGAAAAGGACAUACCUGACUUAAGGAAUAAGCUGCAAGCUCUCAACAGAGAGAUCCAGCGUCUUAAAGGUGAAAUAGAAGAACAAGAAACGCUCUUGGCAACUAUCAUGCCUGAGGAAGAAAGUGCUAAAGCAUGUCUCCAAGAUAUUACACUUAUGGAAAGGUAUCAGACUGAUCUAAGGGAUGUUGAGAGAAAAAUUGCUCAGCAUUCUACUAAGUUAGAGGGUGUGGAUUUGGGUCGGACACUUCUACAAGUGAGCCAGGAAAAGCAAGAGAAAAAGCAUCAGUGGGAUACAGUUACUGGCAAAAUUGAAUUGAAGCAGACUCUUAAACAAGAUCAGCAAAGCCAGGUCCAGAGUCUAAAGAGUGCAGUGAAUGAGCUUAAAGCAGAGAAACUUCAACUCUGUAGCCGUUUGCAGCAUCGACAGCAACUGGAAGACCAGACGGUGGAGCUGACAACUGAGGUGCAGUCAAUGAACAGGGAAAUCAAGGAAGCAAAGGAGCAGAUCUCCCCUUUGGAAACAACUUUAAUAAAACUGCAACAAGAAAAAGAAGCACUGAUGAACAAAAAGAACACAAGUUGCAGAGCAACACAGGAGAAGAUAAAUGACAUUAAAGAAAAGGUUAAAAACAUCAACUGCUACGUAAAAGAGAUUGAAAAUUACAUCCAAGAAGGAAAGGAAGAAUACAAGCAGCAAAAGGAAUCUGAACUUGAUCAAGUCAAGGUCCAGCUAGAAGAAUGUGAGAAAAAGAAAGAGAAGAUAAAUAAAGAAACUGGAACAAUUAGGCAAGACAUUGAUACUCAGAAGAUUCAGGAGCGGUGGUUAGAAGAUAAUCUAACUUUAAGAAAAAGAAAUGAAGAUCUAAAAGAAGUUGAAGACAACAUCAAGCAGUAUCGGAAAGAGAUGGGUGAAAUGCAUGUCCCGCAGCUAAAAAAGGACCGUGAGCAUUUAGAGGGGAGAAUAGAAGAACUGAAAAGAAAUCAUAGCUUAGCCCUUGGCCGUCAGCAUGGAUUUGAGGAAGAGAUUCUUAGGUAUAAAAAAGAGCUGAGAGAUCCACAGUUUAAAGAUGCUGAAGAGAAAUACAGAGAAAUGAUGAUAGUUAUGAGAACAACAGAACUGGCAAACAAGGAUCUUGACAUUUACUACAAAGCUCUAGAUCAAGCAAUAAUGACAUUUCACAGCAUGAAAAUGGAAGAAAUCAACAAAACAAUUCGUGAUCUGUGGCGGAGUACCUACAGAGGACAAGAUAUUGAAUACAUUGAAAUUCGAUCUGAUGCAGAUGAGAAUGUUUCUGCUUCUGACAAGAGGAGGAGCUACAAUUACAGAGUAGUAAUGAUAAAAGGAGACACUGCUUUAGACAUGAGGGGCAGAUGCAGUGCAGGCCAAAAGGUCCUCGCUUCCCUCAUUAUCCGCCUUGCUCUAGCAGAAUCUUUUUGUCUCAACUGUGGCAUUCUGGCCCUUGAUGAGCCCACCACCAACCUUGACAGGGAGAAUAUUGAAUCUCUUGCACAUGCUUUGGUUGAGAUAAUCAAAAGUAGAUCCCAGCAACGAAACUUUCAGCUACUUGUGAUUACACAUGAUGAAGAUUUUGUGGAACUUUUGAGUCGUUCUGAAUAUGUGGAAAAGUUCUACAGAAUUAAGAAGAACCUUGAACAGUGUUCUGAAAUUGUGAAAUGUAAUGUCACCUCUUUGGGAUCAUAUCUUCAUUAGAAUUUGUAAACUAGCUUGUUUCUGAGCACUCCUCUAAUGCAUUAUGUGAUAAAAAAUAAGAUUGUUCUUUGGUUAGAUAAGCUGUAUUCUUUUGACUAGUACUGAACAGUUGCAUUACUAAAAUGGAAAAUAUUGAAUUAUACACAUGACAGUGAUGAAAAAAAUACUUAAAAUGUUUUUAAAAUUGUCCAAAAGCAUGUCUCAACUUUUGGGAAAACCUAAUGAGGAGAAUCUUAGACUAGUGAGAAAUGAUAUUUCCUUUGCAGAGAAUGCUGCUACUCGCACAACAAAGCUGUUUGUUGCACAAUUUGUUAAUUUUGUGCAGAGCUGUUUUGCAGUCCUGAACUGUGCAAAUUCUACAUACAGGUACUCUUCAGUUAAUGACAUUUUCUGCAUAGGAAACAAUACUUUGAAGAAAUAUAUUCUGCACAGAAAAAUGUUUUCUGUACUAAUAUGCUACAUUAAAAUUUGGCUUAGAAUAACCUUUGUGAAUAUUCAAAAAUAGCAGUUUUCAAGUUUUCUAACAGUAGGAGAAAUUUGCUAAGCUUGUUUCCUUUAAGAACAAUAUCCUUAGCACAGAUUAAUGUGGCAACUUAGAAGUUAACCGGAUAUGACUAAAACACCUGGGGUACAUCUUGACAGGGCAGUUAGCCCAAUGUUGAUCUGGAGUGGGCUACUUUAGAUCAGCAUCAGGGGUUACUUUGCUGUCCGCCUCUCAGCCGACUUGCGAGCUACAUGUUAGCUACACAAGCAGUCCCCAAAUUGUCACCUCUGAGCCAAAUGAUGUACUUUUUAUUGAGGGUGUGUUUGGGCCAAGAGCCUAAGUAGGUGCCCUCUUUUAUGAGAGCAGAAGCAGGUCCAGGCUACAUGUGGUGAUGGUGAUAAUUGUGACUAUUCACUUUAUAUAGAGAGACAUUGCCAUUCCUCACAAACCAGAAGACAAAGCAGCUUAGAAAUUAAAAUACUAUGUCUGAGAGUCUGCUUGGGAUUUAAUCAUCAUCAGUGGCCUUAUAUGUACACAAAACAGAAUUGAGUAGUUUCACAACAUCCAUAUUCACCUAAAGGCUGCAUUAUGUUAAAGCAUGAAUGUCUAGUAAAAACCAGAAGCAAGUGGACUCACAAGGUUAACAGUUGCUUGAGUGUAGAAGUUUGAGACAGUGCAAAGGGCUAGAGAAUAGCCACCAUGAAUUGUCCAAAAAAAGAUGCACAUAAAGCAAGGUUAUUAUAUACACAUCUCCAACGGGAUGCUACUAAAUGUGCCUGCCUAUGUCAAAUCAUUCUAGACUUUAUGAAACCAACAACAAAACUUAGGUACAGGCAGUUCCCAAGUUACAUACAAGGUUCUGUAAGUUUGUUCUUCAGUUGAAUUUGUAAGUCAGAACAGGUAUAUUUUUAAGUGUAAUUCCCAGCCCAAUAUAUAUACAGGGUGUCCAUAAAGUCUCUUUACCAAACUUUAGACCAGGGGUCCCCAAACUAAGGCCUGUGGGCCAGACACGGCCCUCCAGUGUCAUUUACCUUGCCCCUGUCCUAAACUUUAGAUUUAAAGUUGACCUAAGUCUGAAACGUCUUGAAGGCACACAACAGCAACAAUCCUAAUUUUGGACUAUUUCAUCAUAGUCUGCCCCCCCCCCCCCCCAACAGUCUGAGAGACCAUGAAUCAUCUCUCCACUUAAACAAUUUGAGGACCCCUGCUUUAGACAUUCCCAAAUUUUGGACCUUCAGCUGCUCUGGACUUGAACUCCUAGAAGCAUCAGCCAGCUUGGUCAACAGUCAGGAAUUCUGGAAGCUGAAGUCCAAAACAGUUGGAAGAACAGGGUUUAGAAAAAAACUAACUUAAGAUAAAUUCUGAGAUUCUGUUAUAAAUCCCUUCACUAGAGCUUUGUCCUUCAGCCUAGUAGGUUAUUUAUCUCUUCCUGUAUUUCAAUGAUGUAUCAAAACUGGUUCCAAGUCCCAUUAUGCUAAUCAUGCCUCUCUGCAGGCCCAUGUUUUUCAUAAGAGUAAGUGGUAUAGAUACAAUAAAAUGCAUAUGUCAUACAUCUGGGAACCCAUUGUGUCUUUCCAAACUCCUUCAUGCCAUCUACUGUCCUUCAUGGCAUCUACUACGUAUUAGUCAAUCUUGUGACCUUGACUUAUCUCCUUGGUCUAGUGAUUGUCUCCAUAAAUGCAGUUCCUUGAACAAUGGCUUGCUUCUGCCUUCUUCAGUUAUUCCUUUUACCAUUUCAAAAUAUCUAGUAGCUAUACUAAACUAUUCUAGCAUUUAUUUUAGCAUUUUCAUUCUAUGAAACAGUGUUACUUGGCAAAGCCAUAAACAAGAUAUAUUGGGAUAUUUGUUUUUUUAUUUCUCCAUACCGCAUAUUAUUUUAAUAUUAGCAAGCACCCACGACAUUUGAUUAACCAUAAAAACCUCCUGUGGUACAAAUCCAAAUUAAGAAUAGAAGGAAGUGUUUUAUAAAAGAAGCCAUUAAAAAGAUACUGUGCAGAGUGACCUAGAACCUAAUAUUCAUCAGCUCUUGAUAAUUUUCACUAUAAACAUUUUAAUGCUACUGGCUAACACAAAUACUGAGUGUCCAUAAAAUGUAUAUCCUACUUCAAGUAGAGUUACAAACAUGGUUUAAGUAUGUUGGCUCCACCAACAUAAGGAUGGGCUAUGUAGUCAUUCUUUGAAACACGCUGUUAUCUGCUGCAGCAUUUCAGAAGGCCUUGUUUGACUUCUUAUCUCUGUGAGAACAAAGAAGAAUUUAAGAGCAGGCUACAGGUUGGGUAUUUCUUAUCCAAAAUUCAAACCCUGAAAUAAUUGAAAACCUGAAAUUUUCCACAUUGGUGGCUGAAAUUAGACCACCGUUGCUUUCUGAUAGUUCAGUGUACACAAAAUUUGUUUUAUGCACAAUAUUGUUACAAAUGUGGUAUAAAACUACAUUUGCCCUAUAUUUUAAGGUAUCUAUGAAAUAUAAAUGAAUGUUAUUUUUAGACUUGAGUUCCAUCUCCAAUAUCUUAUUGUGUCCUAUAUGCAAAUACAGCUAUCCUGAAAUCCAAACAACCCGAAAUCCAAAGCAUUUUUGGUUCCAAACAUUUCAGAUAAUGAAUAUUUAGCUUAUAUCUCUUUUAGAGAAUUAUUUUGCUCUUGUGCAUUAUGGUGAAGAGAUGUAUCUCAGAGCUGAUAGCCACAGUAAAGAAGUUAACUUCCAUUAUUGUGAGCCUGAAUACCUACAUGCAAUGUCCCAAAAAAGAAGAGGAUAGGUCUUGAAAAUGCAAGCCAUGUAACAGCUUGUGAACAUCACCAAGUGACUGUUUUAGGCAUUUACUCACAUCUGUUAUGCAGUGUUUACAGUGGACUCUGCAGAAGAUACUUCAGCUGUACUUCAUAAAAAAAGAAAAUCAAGAUGUUUAGCAUGCAUUGCAAAUGCUGAUUUAUUAUCAGCAAAUGUUGAUUUCUAUACCUAUUUUAUGUACCUAAUCCUAUAUACCUGAAGUCACAUAAACAUUUCUCAGUCAGAAAGGGAUUCCGAGUGGAAAAGUGGAAGAAGAGCCCUGCUAUAAAGCAAGGAAGCAUUACCUGAGACAUGAAUCGUACAGCUCCCUUCUUGUGACUGCUGCGCUGGCUGCCAGUCUGUUUCCAGACACAAUUAAAAGUGCUUGUGGUGAUCUAUAAAGUCCUAUUGGCUUAUGCCCAAGAUGUUUGACAGACCGCAUUACUUCAUAUGAAUCUGUCUGGAUUCUGAGAUUCUUGGGAAAGACCCAGGCCUUCCUGAACUGGGCAUGAUUCCAGGUGACCAUCUUCAGUAGGACCUACUUUUGACAAUGUUUUAUAAAGUACUUAACAAUUAUAUUGAUAUGUUUGUAUAAUUUUAGUUGUAUCUCUUUUAGAUUUAUUAUCUUCAUCUUUUCUUUGUUACUUUUCUAAAUAAAAACACUUGCAGUUGA